GUGCAGCUGUAUGCUAAUGCCCCCCCACCCCAAACAUAUGUCUGGACCGGUCCAGGCUGCUGGUCCAAACAUGGAGUCCUGCUAAGAACCGGCCCGUUCUGCUUGGUCCUUCUUCUCCUGUUAACAUCUCUGAUAUUUAGUUUAGCAGAACCGGAACCAGGUUCGGUAUGAGACACGAUCAGAACCAGAGGAAACACCGAACCAGGAGUACUUUCUGUUGGACCUCAGGCAGAACCACCGAAGAACCGGCCGGAGUUCUGACCCGGUUCCGAUCCGGUUUGAUUUGCUCUGCCCCAUUUGGAGACGCAGAAAGCGCGCGCUGAUUAGCACAGCACGCGCCAUGUUGGGGGGGGGGGGCAUUUCCUUUCAAUCAGAGGACCAGCGCCGCUAUUAUGAUGCAAAGCGGACCGGCCUCUGCUCAUCAAUUAUGGAUGGGACAGAGUAAAGGUUCGGUUCGGAUCUGAGCGGGAAGAGAAUUAAAUCUGAGCCGAAUUUCAUUUAUUUGAAGAUUUAAAAAAAAAAAGAAAAUUAAAUAUUGAAUUUCUGUAAAAGUCCAAACCGACCAGAACACGAACCGAACCGGACCGGACCAGAACACGCUAGUUGAAAGUCAUCAGACCGUGAAAGCAGGAGGCUGCUGGCCGAGGAGGGAGUGUGUGUGUGUUGUGUGUGAAACACAAUAAAGCCCCCAGGUACAUCUGCUCCACCUCCUCCCCCCGGGCGGAGCGGAGCGGCUCCUGAUUGGUGGAGGCGCAGGCCGGCGCGGUGUCAUCCUGUGGUUUUAAAGCGGAGUGUUGUUGUUGUGAGAGGAGACUGGAUCAGAACCACGCGGUGGAUGUUCGGCUUUACGCGCAGCUCCGCGUGGAUUUGUUUCGCCCCCCGCAGAGCCUCCCAGUCCGGACCGAACAUGCCCAGAGGUUUCCUGGUGAAGCGGAGCCGGAAGCCUGCCGCGGCGUCCUACCGGGUCCGUUCCGGGGAGGAGGACGCGCGGGGAGCCGCCGCCGAUGCGCCGCCGCCUCCGCCGCAGCAGCAGCGUUUCUCCAUCCCUAAGCGCGCGCACACCUGCAAGGCGGCGGCCUCUGCUCCGGAACCGGACCCCACAGCCAAGCCGGUGCAGUUCGGGAACCCGGAGACGGUGUACCGGGUUCUGUACAGCCCGACCCGGCCCGUCAGCCGGGACCAUGAGGGCUCCCCGGAGCGGCGCUGUAGCCUCGGAUCCCCGGCCUCAGCGGAGUCCUUCCCCGCACUGGAGCACCUGUUCGGCCCGGCGGACCUGAGGGCCAGCGCGGCGGCCGCCGGGGCGUUCCUUGCCGCGGGCGCAAAGCAGCCGACGGGCGACGCAGAGCGCCGGGGCAAAGCUGCCAGCAAGAGGACCAAAGCCAUCCGGAAGCUGCACUUUGAGGAUGACGUCACCACGUCCCCGGUCCUGGGGCUCAAGAUCAAAGAGGCUCCGGUGGAGCCGAGGCCGGCGGAGGGAGAGCGCCCCCCGCCGGGGGGGCUGGUGUGCCAGCUGUGCCGGGAAGCCUACCCGGACCCGUUCUCCCUGGCGCAGCACCGCUGCUCCAGGAUCGUCCGGGUCGAGUACCGCUGCCCCGACUGCGACAAGGUGUUCAGCUGCCCGGCCAACCUGGCCUCCCACCGCCGCUGGCACAAACCCAAGCCGCACGGAGAGCCGCCCGCGCCCGCCAAAGACAGCAGCGACCGGGACUCCUCCAGCCCCGAACCGUCCGAGUCCGGUUCCGAGGACGGGCUGUACGACUGCCCGCGGUGCGGGAAGCGCUUCAAACGCCAAGCGUACCUGCGGAAGCACCUGGCGUCUCACCGCGGCCCGCGCAACCGCGCAGAGCUGCGGCCGCUCAACCCGAGCGCGUACCCCAGCCACGCGUGUCCGGUGUGCGGGGAGCGCUUCAGCAGCAGCGGGGGCAGAGAGCGCCACCUGCGGCUGCUGCACUCCGCCCAGGUGUUCCCCUGCCAGCACUGCCCCGCCCUGCUGCACAGCUCGCCGGGACUCACCCGACACGUCAACAAGUGCCACCCGUCCGAGAGCCGCCAGGUGAUCCUGCUGCAGGUGCCGCUGCGCCCCGCCUGCUGAGGCUCCGGUCCGGUUCGGUCCGGUCCGGAUGGGACCACACAGGAUGUGAUCUCAGAACAUUUUCCCAGUUUCUCCUGGAAGUUUCUGCCUUGCUCAAGGACACUUCGUCUCAGUCAGAGGGAGUCCAGAAGAUUCCGACUCUUGAGGAACCUGUAGAAUCUAAAGUGCUAUUAGCUGUAGACCUAAGAGAGGGCCGGUCCGGUUCGGUCCGGUCCGGUUCUGUUCCCGUCACUGAGUAGCUAUAAUAGAUCCGUGGAUCAGAGAGUAGCCGCGCUGCCUGCUGGGAAACCGCCUUAAAUCAUCUUAUUGUUAUUUAUUUAUGACUGUAUAUUAUCACUAUUAUUAAGUUAUUGCUGUGAUUUCUGGUGCGUUCAAGUGUCUUUUAAACAAUUAGUGGUUUUCUGACCCGCUUCUGCAAUCAUCAUCAUCAUCAUCUUCCUCUUCCUCUUCAUUUAUUGUCGCUCUCUUGUUCUGGAUGUUUUUCAUUUUUGCUAAAUGUCCAAAAACAAUAAAAC